UGAAAAUCUCGAUAAUUUUAUGCAUGACCCACAUCAAAUGUUUUCUCAAACGCGUGUUAUCUGUGGAACGGCCUGUCGUACAGCUGUCCUCACAAUAAGGAAUUAUUCAAUACAAAAGAAAAUGGUUGGAAAGUUUUAUCUCCGCUUUUAUUAUUAAUAAUUAAGUAAACUUUUUUUCUUCUCUUCAAUCUUGAGAAAACAAAGGUCAACUAAUUAAAAAUUUGCAGUGGUUAUAAGUAUAAGUUAUAGUCAGCUGGGAAUAAUUUGAUAAUAAUAAUAAUACUAUAUUACUCUAUACUAUUUUAUUAAUACUAUGAUACUAGCAGUGUAGUCAGUAGUCAACCAUUUGCCAUUUAUUAUCGGCUGAGGGUUAUAUUCAGUCUUAUUAUACACAGUUGGCUGGGAAUAACUUUUGACUUGGAGCGUUAUUCCCGGCCGACCGUUUAUAACACCUUCCUUGCUUUAAAAAAUUAUUAAGUGGCACCAAGUGCAUUUUUUUUUAUAUAUUAAAGAGGGUAAAUCAACCUCAAUUCAUAAAUGGAGAAAUUUUAUUACCAAGUUCUAAUCGAAUAGAAAAAAACUAAUCAGGCUUUGGAGCCGUAACCAAUCUGUAUGGCGUACAAUUUUUACAAGUUACCCACACGCUAUGUCAUAGUCUAAAUAAACUAAAUUAUUAAUUUUAAUUAGCCUUAUGAAUGAUGAUGAUGACAUUUGAUGUUUGUUUACUUUUAGCGCUUGUCUCUAGCUAUUUUAGCAUGCUCACAGUGCUCUGAUAUCCUAAAAUUUAUUUAAAGAAAAAAAGUCUUUUAAUGGUUCUUAAAUACUUAUACUUAUAGACUUAAUGAAAAGGCCAUCUUAAGUCUUAAUCCAAAUUUUUCUUCAUUUCCAUUACAUUUUGAAUUUCUUUUUUUUUCCAGUCAUCUAGCCCUAAAAGAACCAAGCUUACUGAGGAGGAGAGGAGCUCAACUCUGUCAUCAUUAAAAGAACUUGGCUGGACCUUAGUAGAAGGACGGGAUGCAAUUUACAAAGAGUUUAUAUUCAAAGAUUUCAAUCAGGUAAAUAAAAUUAAUGGUCGAUAAAAAUAAAAUCUCCAUACUUUCAUAUUUUGGAAAGUUACAAUUUUUUAACUCUCAUACAUACAUACACAACUUUUAGUUGACCUGUUAGUGACAUUAACUUUUCCCCUUGACUAAAACUAUUUGCUUUUUUCAUUUAGGCCUUUGGUUUUAUGACACGUGUUGCACUUAAGGCAGACAAAAUGGAUCAUCAUCCAGAGUGGUUUAAUGUAUAUAACAAGGUAAUAGUUAUGUUAUAUUUUGCAUCUUUACAAUUUUUUUUUUACAGGUAAGAAUUUUUUUUUAAUGUGUUGAAUCAACUUGCUAUUAGAAAUAAAUAUUUGCUGAGAUCAUAUUUGGAAAAACUCUAUGCCUGAAUGCCAUAGAGUUUUUCCAAAAAAAAAUUAUUCUUACAAUUAAAAUGCUCUUUAAUGAACAUUAAAAGGUUUAAGUUAAUUCAAUUCUUGAAGUCUUUGUUAAGCUUCUACUUCUAUUGUGCUAGAGAAUUACCUGAUUAAAAUGAACAAAUUAAAGUUUUAAAGUGAUUAAGUUAUAGGCUAAAUGUAUCUGUUAACAUUACAUCAACAGUCAUGCCUUUAUUUCACAUUUCUUUACACAAUUUCAGGUUCAGAUAACCUUAAGCACUCAUGAUGUUGGAGGUCUAUCCCACAGAGAUGUAAUCUUAGCAACUUUCAUUGAACAGGCAGCUACAUAAAUAUGUACUGCUGGAGAUGAAAGAUGUGACUUAUUAAAAAAGAAUGUACUAUUUUUGUGCAAAUUUUGUAACAAUAGCUUUUUUAGUCAUGAAUUAUUUACUAUGUUAUUGGAUAAGUUAUUAAAGAAGUACAGUUUGUAUGCAUUUAUUUAAAUUCAUUUGUGAUAUUUUUCAAUUAUUAUAUUUCCAUGAAAUCUGUAAAAGAAACCUAAUCAGUUCAAAAUACAUUUCUGUACCAUCUUGUUAAAUUGUUAGAUUUUUAUUUAUUUUUUUAAAUAUCUUAAAUCUUAUUUGAAUAUUUUUAGUAUUAUUUAAGGUUGUCAUCUUUUUAUUUAACUUUGAUAGAACAUAUUUCAAUAUAAUGUCAGCAUCAUUUGACCCUAGAUUUCUGUUCUUUAAUGAGAAAAUAAUUUCUUUUGAUUCCAAUUAUAAAUUCUAAUUACAUCAAUGUACAACAAAACAACAAAUUGUAAUGAAAUUAUUUAUUAAAUUUCUAAUUAUUAACAAUAAAUACACACAUAAAUGAUCAGAAUAAAUGAAUAAUUAAUUAUUUAUUAUAAGAACAAUAUAAUAAAGUAUAAAGGCAUUCGGGUGUUGAAAUUGAAGAAGAAACCAAUGCUUGUAGUUUCAACUGAUCUUUUGAAGCUUAUGCUCUAUAAUUCUGUGAAAAAAGAAACAUUAUGACACCACAUUAAUUUUUUCAAAGUUUUAAAUAAAAUAUCUUCGUUCUUAAAAUCUUUCAUUAUUUAUUGAGUCUUCAACACAUGCACAAAUUAAUAUAAAUUAUUGAACUAUAAUUCAAACAAGAUGUAUGAUAUUUUUUAUGGCAACAUCGAACUGCAAACCAAUAUAUUUUUAAAAUAUUCUAGUCAUUCUUCACUUACUCUAACUGCUUCAAAUACUGGCUUCGUUGAUGCCUCAAUAUAAUUAAGAUAGAAUCAUCUUCAAAUUCACAAUCAGACGCAUUAUCCUCAUCAUUCACUUUUAACAGUCAUGAAAUGGACAAAAAGAAAGAUAUUUAUUUAAAUAUCAGCAAGGUAAUUUGGAAUCCCACUUCACCACCAUCUUCAAAUUCAUUUACAGUACAGCCGUCUGAUCCACCCAGAAUUUUUUUAAUUCAGUUUGCAGUUACAGAGCAUUAACCUUUGAACAAUAAUUUUUAAGACUGUAAUGCUAUAUCUUCAGGAGAUUCAUGCCAGCAGCUUAAGCCGUUAUAUGUGCCUACAUAAAUGUGUAAAAUAUAAAUUAAAAUAUUAAGAGUGUUCUACUUAAAGUCUAUCAUUUAUUAAUAUUACUCUCUGAUGUUAUUUUAAAAAAUCUAAGCUUGGCACAAAAUAAAAAUAAUCUACCCAAAAGAAAAAUAUGUUGCAUCCUCCAAGCAACAAACAUUUUCCCUGUCAUCACUUUUAAUAAAUUAAUAUGAAUACAAAUUUAAUUGUACAUCCCUAGCAUAUUAAUUAAAUUUUGUUUUAAGAUCAUUUUUAUUAUUUAUGUGGUAAUUUAACAUGAUUUUCAUAACAAAUUCAAAAUAAUUUUAAUAAUUAAAAAAGAGAUAAAG